GCUCAGUGCUGAAGGUGGGCGUUUCCCGUCGGCGGAACUAACCAAUCAUGGAGCUCUGAUUGAUUGCCCGGCUGUCAACUGCUCCGCGGUCUGUGAAUCACCAACUUCACUGCUGACCCGCAAAACCACCGAGGAAACUCCGGCAUUACGCUGUGCCGCAAAGCGCUUGGAUUUAAUAAAGUAAAGUGCAAGACUGUACUGUAGUGUUCUGAGACUGUACAACCCACCUAUUUGCAUACCACUGGAAUGGACUUUAUUGUAUAAUUGUGCGUCUUUUUUCCCUGCGCGAAAAUCUGUGGUUGCGGUGACUUGGAGCACGUCUUCUUUGAUAGAUUGGGUGUUGAACUUCGGAAAUUACGAAAGGACAGUGAAAUACAGAGAGAUGAUAGCUGAAAAAGAGAAGAAAAGGUGCUGCUCAGAGCGGCGUAAGGAGAAGUCUCGUGAUGCGGCGCGCUGCAGACGCAGUAAGGAGACAGAGGUGUUUUAUGAGCUGGCACACCAGCUGCCCCUCCCACAAAGCAUCAGCUCACACCUGGACAAAGCCUCCAUCAUGAGACUGGCCAUCAGCUUCCUGCACACACGCAAACUCCUCACCUCAGGCUGUGUUACCGCUACAGAGACAACAGAGGUAGACAGACUGAUGGACAGUUGGUAUCUGAAGUCCCUGGGCGGAUUCGUUACUGUGGUAACAUCAGAUGGAGAUAUUAUCUUCUUAUCGGAAAACAUCAACAAAUUCAUGGGCCUGACACCGGUGGAGUUAACAGGUCACAGCAUCUUUGACUUCACUCACCCCUGUGAUCACGAGGAGAUCCGCGAGAACCUCAGCCUCAAAACUGGCAUGGGGAAGAAAAGCAAGGAUCUUCGCUCAGAGAGGGAUUUCUUCAUGCGAAUGAAAUGCACAGUCACAAAUCGUGGACGCACCGUCAACCUCAAGUCAGCCAGCUGGAAGGUCCUGCACUGCACAGGGCACUUGAAGGUUUAUAACAGCUGCCCUGCACGUGUGCUGUGUGGUUUUAAAGAGCCGCCACUCACCUGUGUGGUGAUGAUGUGUGAGCCAAUUCCCCAUCCAUCAAACAUCGACACACUUCUCGAUAGCAAGACUUUCCUGAGUCGCCACAGCAUGGACAUGAAGUUUACUUACUGUGAUGACAGAGUUUCUGAGUUGAUGGGUUACAGUCCUGAAGAUCUUCUCGGUCGAUCUGCAUACGAGUUCUACCAUGCUCUGGACUCUGACAACGUCACCAGAAGCCACCAGAACCUGUGCACUAAAGGCCAGGCAGUAAGCAGUCAGUACCGGAUGUUGGCUAAGCAUGGGGGCUAUGUGUGGAUGGAGACACAGGGCACCGUCAUCUACAACAGUCGCAACUCCCAGCCACAGUGCAUUGUGUGCGUGAACUACGUGCUGAGUGACGUUGAAGAGAAAUCCAUGGUCUUCUCUUUGGACCAGACUGAGUGUCUGUUCAAGCCUAACCACUUAAGCAGAUUCUUCUGUCCAAGCAAAGGCCUGGGCAGUGAAAAAUUCAUCAAACUCAAAGAGGAACCUGAAGAUCUCACCCAGCUGGCACCUACACCUGGUGACACCAUUAUCUCGCUCGACUUUGGUCAGCCCCAGUAUGAAAAGCACCAGAUGUACAGCAAAGUAUCCUCGAUUGCUCCUCCUGUCUCUCACACUAUUCAUGAUGGCCACAAGCAAAGCUAUGCUGCAGACAUGCCCAAGAUGGCCAGCACUUUCUCUGUACCUCAAGCUCCGCCUCCCAGUAGUGCUACUCCCAGCCUAAGCAGUUGCUCUACGCCUAGCAGGCCAGAAGAUUACUACAACAGAGUGGAUAGUGACCUGAAGGUGGAGCUCACCGAGAAGCUAUUUUCCUUGGACACACAAGAGACAAAGUCUUCUUUCAACCAACAGACUGACAUAAGUGAUCUGGACUUGGAGACCCUGGCUCCCUACAUCCCCAUGGAUGAUGAGGACUUCCAGCUCAAUCCCAUCUGCCAAGAGGAGCCUUCAUCUGAGGCCAUUGGAGGUCUGGGAACAAGCCAGCACAGCUUUAGCAACAUAACCAGCCUCUUCCAACCCUUGGGCUCUCCUUCAACAGCUCAUUUCCAGCCCAACAUUAGCUCAGGAGGGGAAAAGCAGACCAUUAAUGGAGGGUCUGUAGAGUCAUGGCCAAAUGUACCCUACAGUAAUGAGCCUGUGCCGAUGCCUCCUUACCAUGACCCAGCCAGCACCCCACUUUCUUUAAUGGGAGGGUGUCAGAAUUUGCAAUGGCCACCUGACCAUCCAUUACACAGCAAGGCUGGAAUGAUGGAUCCUUUAGCUGCAAAACUUUCUUGCCAAACCAUGCCAGCAAAUCAAAUACCACAUUAUCUGCCAAGACCCAUGGGCAACUUUGCGCAGAGCUACAGAGAGAUGAGUCCAGCUCCGCUUGCUCUCACUAACAGUUUCAAGCGCUCAUUUACACAGAUGGCCAUGGGUGAGACACCCCUCACUAAGUCCCAACCGACUAUGUGGAAGAGACUUAGGCAUGAGAGCUGUGCCGUCAUGGACAGGAAAUCUCUGAGCACUAACACUUUAUCAGACAAAGUCAUGUCCCAUAAUGGAGGCAUGGAUCACCAGCACAGGAAGAUCCAGUAUCCGGGUAAUCAGGCGGGCCAAGCUACAAAAUGCUACAGACAACCGUGUUGUAACUACAGAGAGUUCAACAUGCUGCCCUCCUCUAAAAUGGAUGGAAUUGCGAGUCGUCUCAUCGGGCCCUCCUUCAAGACCUACUCUCUGCCUGAACUGACGCGUUAUGACUGCGAGGUCAACGUCCCCUUGCAAGGAAAUCUGCAUUUGCUGCAGGGCAGUGACCUCCUAAAGGCAUUAGACCAAUCCACUUAAGCCAGUGUAUUCACUAUUAGCCCACAGAAAUGCAGUCCUUCUUAACCCAACCCUAGGUGUCAUCCGACCAUCACCAAUGUGACAAUAACCAUCCCAGCCUAGAACACCUUGACUUGUGGCCCCAAAAAUAUAUUUAGACAUUAAAGCCACAUUUAAAAACUGUUCAGUAUGAAUGUCAUUGCAUUAGAUAUUUGCAAACAUUUCCCACAGUUUUUCUCAUAAUGAAUUUCACUUUUCUCAGGCAUGUUCGUAAUGACUUUUAACCAGCUGGUCUCAAGGUGAUUUUAGUGGAUGUAUGAAGUCAGUUGCCUUCAAGUUCACGCAAGUGUCUUAGCAGAGUAACCACAUGGACAAAAAGCAUCCAGAUACUGUUUGUUUUCGUUUUUAACAGUAUAUCUAUUGUUGUAUAAUUUGAAACCUCUUCUUUUAAAUUUUUUAACUUCUUUUGUGAAAUGUGUAGCUUGAAAAGUGUGCUAUCUUCCUUUAAAAUAAAUGCCACUUUUUAAUAUUUUGUUUUCUAAUGCAAAGACAUUCAUGCACUCUUUAGUCUGGCUUAAGUGGCGAAAUACUUUUUGUGGCCACUAUACAUACAGACACAAUCUCUCACAGUCACACCUAACUGACUGCAUACAUAAAACAUGUAGCUUUGAUUCUAUUAUUCUUGUCUACAUCUUCAUAAUUUAUAUACAUGUCCUAUUUUCAGUUACAAGUUUCUGAAUGAAUUUAAGAAUUUUUGGAGGAGUCUAACUGUUGCGUUGUUUUUGGCUGGCUAUCUAUCUAUCUAAUCUUGUCAGAUUAUUUUGGUGAAGCUAUCUAUUAAUGUCAGACAAAAAAGAUAUGAAAAAUGAUCUACUGUAAGCUAGGCUAUUUGUUUUUAAAUGUUCUCUUUUCUAUCAUAUGUUCUAACUUUCCUACCUCUGACACAAUAAGCCGCUUUCCACACUGACCACUUCUUUCAUGUUAUUCAUGGCUUCUGUGCCUUAUUUUUGUUCAUUUAGUGGCAUUGCUGUGGUUCUGUCUCUGUUUAUUGCCUUAGUGUGGAGACCACUCUAAAUACAUAUAUUUUUGUCAAUUUAGCUGUAAAAAUACAUAUUUAAAGGAAGAUGCUCUGAGAUUUCUACUAUAGAUUUCUACUUUGAUGAUGAAUUUAUGUGUUGUAGCGCUUUAUUGUCUUGGUACUUUGUCUUGUCUACUCAGUAGAUGUGAAUCAGAGUCCGUAUAGUCGUAUUGUGCUGGUGUCCCGUGUUCUUUCUUGGUGGCAUUUUUCUGAAAAAAUGCAUUUAAUGUUUAUUGGCAGGCCAGUCAAGUUUGAUUUAAAAAUGAAAAUUGGAAAAAAAAUAUUUUUUAAAGGAAAUCUGGUAGCUUAUUGGAUCCUUCAAAAUUUUGUUUAAUUCUAGAGAUUUCUUGCAGUUGUUAAAAGAUGGUGCUUAAAGCAGUUUGACCCACAUGCAUUUUUUUACGGACGCAAUGCAAAAAGUUUCCAGCAACAAGCAAUUUGUCUGUCCACACUGAACGCGAAACUGCUGCGUGACAUUUCACAAUCACGGACAAUCCAACCCGGACUCAUGACAGCUAUUAAUAAUAGUAUGAGAUGCCGAAAAUUUAUGGAAUCGUUCAAGUUGGCUCAUACAAAAACUUACAACUUUUACUCCCAUAGAGAAAAUUAACAAACCAACAAACAAUGUUAUUAAUUUUUUUUCUAAGUUUAACCCCUAAUUCAAACCCUAAACCUAACAACGAUUUAAUAGGAAAAUUGUGUACUAUGGAAAAAUGAAAAAUUCGGGGUUUGGAACGAUAUGAGUGUAUUACAGGUUAUUGACAUACAUGAGCAGUGUUGGGUGAGUUAAUUAAAUAGUAAUCCACUACAAAUUACUAAUUAUUUAUCUAAAAUUGAAAUACGAUUACUAAUUACUUCAUUGAAAAAAUAAUCACAAUACUAAUUACUUUACUUUUAAGUUACUUUCUAAAACACUUUUCCAGUCAACAAAUUCAAAAUAAUGUCUAUAUUUCUAUAGUUCAUUGUCACCCAUAAAUCAUACACUCAGCACCUCACAUUUCUCCUUCACAGUGACUCGUUACGGGACCAUAAUUCAUGUAUUCUACAUAAAUAAUAUAUAAGAAAUAAGCAUUACCCUAUAAUAUACUUAAAAGUAAUUAAAUUAAUUGAAAGUCAGUAACUGUAAUCUGAUUACAAGAAUUUAAAAUGUAAUACAUUACCUUUUUUUUUUACUUAAAAGGAAUUAGAUUACAGUAACUAGUUACAUUGUAAUUGGAUUGCACCCAACAUUUUACAUGAGUCAUUUGUAUUGCAUAAAUACAAAUGGAAUGAGUAUCCAGUUUGUAUACUGACUUUUCCUUUGUUAAAAUAAAGUGUUGGAGGCUCGCUAAAAUUUUAGCCUGCAUAAAAUCGGUUUGAAAUUCUGUUUGUUGAUUGGUUGGUCUUUAUGGGAAUAAAAGUCAUACCUUUUCAUAAGAGUCAAGUCGUAUGAAAUACGCUUUUGCCAUCUUGUAAUAUAAAUUGUCAUGAGACUACGUUGGCCAAUCAGAACAUACUUUAUGUUUCAUGUACAGUUAUGAGGAGCAGGAUUUUGGACAAAUGUGAGUUCACAAUGGGCGGUGCUAGCGAGUAUCCACAGAAAUCGGAAACAAACAAUCGACAAAAAGAAACUGAUGCAAGAGAUACCAUUUAUCGCUUGUCACUUUAACAAGUCACGACUGGCUAAGACACGGUAUUAUAUUAUAACAUUUAGCAACCUAUUUUAAUUGCCUUGAGGUUGUCUUUAAAGUUGAAACAUUCAUUUUGGUAUCCAAAAUAUUUCUUAAUACUUUUAGUUAUGACCAUACAAGGCCUUUGUGGCUGGUGGCAAUAUGUAGUUAUGUCACAAGGACUGUAGUUGUUGAUUGCCUAAUCUGCUGUUCUGUUAUGCGUAGACACACAUUCACAAACAAACACACGUAGCCAAGCAUAUGCCUUAGAAGUUCUGUUAAAUUUUAAUGUAAAUGUAAACCCCUAGUAAAAAAAAAAAAAGAAAAAAAAAAGUGACUUGUAUAUAAGAUUCAAAAUAAUUCAAGGUACAAAGAUAAGGUUUGGCACACAAUCCAGUAAGAGCAAGUUUUGAAAGUAAUAGACAGUUUUGUUAACAGACUGGAGAUGUGUUGCUUUAUGGUGGUUUAGCUGUGUAAGAUGGUAAACGAGAGUGGUUAUGCACAACUAAGUAAAGCUGAUUCAGUAGAGGAGUGAAUCUCACGAAACAUGUCAAGAACAUGUUUUACUCCAAACUCAAAUGAAAGAAAUAAUGUGUUCAAUAAUAAUAUUAUGUUUGUUUGGCUUAAAGAACAUGAUCAUGGUAAUUUCUUCCAACAUGCCACAUAAAUUCUCAAUAUUGUAAUGGGGGAAAAAAUCGAAUUACUUUAAUGCUAGAAAAAGUGAUAUAUUAGAAAUGAAAUAUUAUUUUUAUUUUUUAUUAUUUAAAAUAUUUAUAUACCAUGGUAGUGUUUUAUUAGUGUGUUGUAUCACCUUUGAUAUAUGCUACUACUACUUCAAAACAAAAAAACGAAUUGUAUUGAAGUCAUUUUUACUGUAAUACAUAAAAUACUGUAUUAAAUUAUUGACAAUCUAAUGACAACUACCAUUAAGAAUAGUGGUUAUUACAAAAAAAAAAUUGUUCUGAAAAUAAUUGAAUAUUGCAAAAAUAGGGGUUGACAAAAUAGGUCUCAUUUUCUUCAUAUUAUAUACAGUAUAUAUAUAUAUAUAUAUAUAUAUAUAUAUAUAUAUAUAUACGAAAUGUGACCUGCAUGUUAUCGUGACAUUCACCCAUAGAGUUUAAAUUUUGUUUACAUCUGGUACCUUAGCUAAUCAGUCAUAUUUAUUCAGUAUUUACCUACAGUUGCUUUGCAAAUAAGUUAGUUUCCUGUUCAUUAGCAUGUUUAUGAGGUUUAUAAGUGUGUAGUGCUAUCCAAAUGUCACAGAGAGAUUUGAAACUAGAUCUUGAAAACUUAUUUAGAUAUUAGUGUAGAAGAUUUAUAUACAGUGAGGUCCAAAAGUCUGAGAACUGAACAUUUUAGGAUUUUGAAAAAAUAAAUAAUAAUAAUAAUUAAAUAAAAAGAUUCUAGAUUACUAAUCUAAUGUAAGCAAAAUUAUACUCUUUUUGUACAAAAGAAUCCAUGUCAGCUCGAGCGCAUGCUGUCAUUAAAUCAAAAAGGACAUACCAAAUACUACUAAACUCUGAAAUUCAUAUUAUUUUUUCAAGUCAUGCAAUUUGUUAUGCUGAAAAAAAUAGAAGCCUUUUACAAGUGUUUGUAGACUUGUGGACCCCACUGUAGAUUGCUACUCCUGUCUGGCCCUGUGAUAGACAAUUACAGUUUGACAUGAGAGUUUGAGACAGGUAGAGAGAUAACAGGUGUCCCAGCUGUGAGGGACAGAAAAAGAGAUAACAGUUUCUUAGUCUGUCCAAAUCUUUUUAACCUCUCCACAACUUGGAUAAGACGGAUCCUUCUUUCCAAACUCUCUCGAAUUAACUUUUUAAAUGUUUCAAAAACAGGGAAAACAAUAUUUUUGUCACCUCUGUUAAGGUAAAGUGCAUGGAAUUCUUCAUAUACUAUAAACCAGAUUAAAUUGAUACAUUUAAAGGUGCACUCAGUAACUUCUGUGUAAUCGUUUGGACUUACACUAGUUGCAUGGAUGCAGCAUCAUUUAAAAUCAAUAGUUUUCAGUUACAGAUGCCAUUGUAGAAAUCCACUUUACACAGUCAGUCCAAAAGUGAAAGUGUCCAAUAUCAAGGCUGUUACUGAGAUUAAGCUAGUAGUAUUUGACUAGUCAUGUGAUUCAAACAUGGCAGCCCCCAUGAGGAGACCCUCUCCAUGUAGAAUAAAACAGCUUUUAUAAGGUAACUGAUAUGACUGAUAUGAGUCUUCAUUUCAUGUAAUUGUUAAUUAUUUUAUACCUAUGUUUCAAAUGUACUAUUAAUUUCUAUAGGAGUAAAACUUUUUUAAUGAUGAAAAAAUACUGAGUGCAUCUUUAAAUUAAUACAUUUAAUUAAAAAAACAUGGAUUUCACAGGAAUGCAAACAAAGAAGUCAAUUCAGUGUAUUACAGCUGUGCUAAGCUUGUAUUUAGGCUUGUAGUACUGUAAUAGCAUUUCAUUAAGGCAAUACUUUCAUGUAUAAACUGUGCCAGAGGUGCCUUAUCACAAUCAAAUGUAGGUGUCACUGAGCGCUGUGCAGCAUUUAGCCAUGUAUAGUGUACAAAACAGCCAACCCACAAAGUAAUGCUUUAUACAUAUGACUUGAAUUUUCACAAAUGAAUGCCAAAGUCAAAAACAAAUAGGAAAGAGUUAACUCAUAUCAUACAGUAGCUUCUAACAGUGCAGCCAUGAUGUUGAAGUUGCAGUGAUAGUUGUGCAUUUGAAUGUGCAGAAAGCAAUGGUAAGUCUGUCUAUAACUACUACAAAGGUCAUUCGCCAAUCUUAGACUCCCUUUAGACAUUGCAGUUUUUGAAUCAAUUUAUACUCUCCUAACUUUUGCCUGAUUGGUGUUUCUUCAACUUUAAAGACAACAUUAGGAUGCUGAUGCAUAAAAUAGGCAGUUUCUUUGGAUAGUAUCUUAUUAAAAUGUUGGAUGUUUUAGUCACAGUAAGCAAAGUACAUACAUAUUUUAAUAUGCUACAUUUAUAUUGACAUUGUUAUGAUACUGUUGUUAUGAUUAUUGUUGACAUUACUGUAUGGGAAAUUUUACCCAAUAAGAAGCUGUAUCUCUGCACUGAUAUCUUAUUAAAGCAUAUCAAUCUUCGUUC